AAAAUGGCUAUUCACCAAGGGCCAAGCAAUACUACCAAUUGCAUGGGAAGCAACUUAUAUUUAUUGAAACUUAAAACAAAAAUCAUUCAAUAAGGCCAUUAUAAACAAAAAAUUAUUGAUUUUGUCAGUGAAUUGAACAGUUUUUUUCAAAAAUAAUACCCAAAUACACUUCUGGUAAAGAAAAAUACUUCUCUUGUUUAAAUAAAAAUCAGUUUCGUCCCGUUCGAUUGGUACUCUUGCUUGACCCACUGCAUGCAGGCAUCUUGGAUUUCUCCCACGAAACCUGAAAUACCUCAUUGACGACAUUGAGUUUUAUCAGAGAUGAGGUGGUUUUAUUUACAAUUUUUCCGUAAAACGUUUAUGUCGCCUAUUUAAGCCAAUGAGAAAACAUUUCUAUUUCAAAUUUUUCUCUGGAAAAAAACCUGUGCAAUGAAUAAAUUAUUUGAUCUCCUUUAAUUAUUAUUAAAAAUCCUGUAAUAAAAUUCUAACUUAAAAAAUGGGCCCCGAGUAUUGCCGCUCCUGAGAAUUCACAAGUAAAAUCAGCUGACAACUGUCAUUUUCAGUCAUUAUUAUCAAUAAAGUGCACAUUGUACUAAUGUGAAAAACACAGUGAAAACUAAAACAGCUGAUUCUCGAAUGUUGACUUGAACUUGAUCCUCACCGGGAUCGCGAUGCCGACGAAAACGUAUUUUAUCUAAAAAAAAAAUGAUUAUAUAUCUCUACAUUCUAUACAAUCAUCGCCGGUUUCAAUAAUCAUGUUGAGGAAAAAAUUGUACGUCAAAAUAAACAUCCCAACCUUAAUAAUAAUCGUAUCACUACUGCUCUUUUCCGUUCACUAUUUUUCGUCCAUUCGAUGUGCCUCAAGGGAGAAAAUAACAUCGAAAAAUAAUAAAUCAAAAUACCGUCUCAUCGUCCUUGUCCUCAGCGCUCCGGAUCAUUUGGAACAAAGAGAUACAAUUCGGAAAACCUGGCUCUCUGAAAAAUACAGUGAUGUUAAAUAUCUUUUCGCAAUCGGCACUCUGGACAUUCAUCCUGAUCAGAGAGUCACUCUUCAGUCUGAAAAACAGAAAUUUAACGACCUUCUACUUCUGGCAAAGUUACAGGAUUCGUAUCACACCAUAACCAAAAAAAUUUUAAAAUCUUUCGUUCAUGUUUAUAACGAAUAUGAUUUUGACUUUUUACUCAAGUGUGAUGAUGACAGUUUUGCAUUAAUAAAUGGCAUUUUAAAAGAAUUGGAUCAUUGGGAGAGUAAAGGGACGAAGAGAUAUUUGUACUGGGGAUUUUUUAAUGGAAAAGCUCAAGUUAAAAGAAGUGGUCCUUGGAAGGAAACUGGAUGGAUUUUUUGUGAUUAUUAUUUACCUUAUGCUCUGGGCGGUGGAUAUGUUUUAUCCAUCAACCUUGUUGAAUUCAUUGCCAAGAAUGCUGAUGUUUUAAAACUGCACAAUUCGGAAGACGUUUCUGUCGGCCUAUGGCUAUCACCAGUCGCAAAUAUUGAAAGAAAGCAUGACGUCCGAUUCGAUACAGAAUACCGAUCCAGAGGAUGUUCAAAUCGAUAUCUAAUUACCCAUAAACAAUCAAUCGACAAUAUGAGAAAUCUCCACGAAUCUUACCAAUCAAGUGGCACUUUGUGUGCACAAGAAGUACAAAGUCGAAUGAGCUACCAAUACAACUGGACUGUCCCACCUAGUCAGUGUUGCAAUCGUCAAUCUGGUAUCCCAUAAAUUAUCGUUUUCAAAAUAGUAUUUCUAUAAUCUGCACAUUUUGAGAAAAUACGACUGAUGUCUUAGCAACAAAUGUCAUUUGGGGCUAAGUCAAUACAUAUAUGAUGCUGAAAUCUCGACACUAAAUUCCUACAAACUAAAUAAAAACAAGUUCUAUUUAAUUUACAAAUAGCACUGAAAAUAGCAGGGUGGCCGUUAAAAUCAAAGAAACAAAUUUUUUAAACAAAAAAUCAUUAAAAUUUUUUUCCGCUAUUAUCAAGAAAAUUUGUCAUUGUCUCAAUAUCUU